CCAAAACUCUCCAUUACUCACCACACCAGUCAUCACUACUCACCAAAAGGUUUCCAACCCAAUAUACAAAUUAAUCUCAAUCAUAUGACCACAAGAACAUUAUAAAAGUAUCAAAACAAAACCGCAAUCAACCACAAAUUUCUCCACCCAACAUAAUCCAUACCUAUGAUUUUUAGUUUUUCUUGAUCUAGUGUUGUGUUUUCAAAUAUGGGCUUAAAGUGGAAGAUCUGAGAAGAUAGCCAAGGAGACAUUUCAAACCAUCGUCAUUUCAAAUAAGCGUCGGGGGUGGUUGUGGUACAUCUGUUUGGUUUUUUCCUCUUCUUCGAUGUGGGUUUUGAUAUGAUUCUUUUCAGACCGGCGCCGGGGGUGGCUGUGGUACCUUUUUUCGGAGCUCCUUUCUUCUUCGGUGUAGGUUUUAAUUCGAUUUUUUUCGAAUUUUUUUUCUUCUGGUUCGCGUUUCUAUUUUCUUCCUUUGGUUCGUGUUCUGUCUUUACUGUCGUGUUCUGUUUCCUAUUCUUGGAGCUGCAUGUUUUUAGACAGUGGUUUGACACUGGUUUUGGUUUCACACGGUUGAGGGUGUUGUGUUUGGGUUCUGUUCAAGCUGAUGGUGGUGUCGGUGACAAUCUAGGUUCUGGUUUGACCGGGUCUGGUGUGGUUGUGUGUUGCUUUUGUUUUUUGAGGAUUGGUGGUUGCUUUUUUCUAGCGGCAGAUCCGACGGUGGUUUUGGAGUGGUGCUCCAAAUGGGGGUUUCGAGGGUGUGGUCGUGGUGAUCGGAGGUGAUAAGGUGGUGAGGUGUUGAUGUAGUGGUGUUUGGAUAUGACGUCGCCGGUGUGUGGUUGUUUCCGUGUGAGAUGGGUUUUCAAUGAUACUCUGUUUUCCAAUCUGUUGAGAUUUGCAUGAAUUUUUUUUAAGUUGCUGAGGGUUUCCAAAUCUGUUGAGAUUUGCAUGUAUCUCUGUAUCUGGUUGACCUUUAUCCAGUCAGCGUCGACUGUUUGGAGGUGGUCUGCGAGCUGAGACUCAUUUGCACAUGUUUUCAUUCUACCGGUGCCCCCAUCAACUUUUGACUCAAUGAGCUGUUUUUGGAUUCUGAUUGGCCGAUCACUUUUGAUUCGAGAUCGGGAGUUAGUGUAUAGUGGCACCUCUAUGGGUCAAGUUGUUGUCUUCUCUAGUAGUCUGGAAGUUGAUGAGUGUCUUUCUAAGAGGAAUUAAAAUUGGACCUCUAUUAGGUGGUGUAUGUUUUGAUAUUUUCAUUGGUGUUCCGUUUAUAUACGGCGCCUUUGUUUUUGUAGUCCAUCUUUUGUGGGUGUCUGUUUGUUUUGUGCUGAGACCCAAUUAUUAUUAAUAAUAUAUGUGCCGUUCAAAAUAAAAAGUGAGAAUCGCCUUUUAUUCUUCUCUCUUCUCUAUUUCCUCUGCAAACCAAACAGGAGAAAUUGGUCAUCUCUCUUGUAAUUCUCUCUUAUCUAACUCUCUCUUUUUCCUUUUUCUCUCAAACCAAACAGAGGCUAAGACUUUAAUGUUUUAAGAUUUUGAGUGAACAUGGACAUGAAUUUCCUGCAGGGUCUACAGUCAUGCAAUCAUAUUGUUUUGAUGGUUCAGAUUCAAAGUUCAUCAAAAAUAAAAGAUAUAAAUAAAAUGGGUGGUUGAGAUUCACCCGCAGUCUCUAUUUGAUUGCUUUCGAGUGAACACAGUAUCAAAAUUAUUUGUGUGAUUGUUCAAAUGCUUAAUAUAUCGAUCCAACUCAAUAAAACAAAUGUUCCCGGAAGCAUCAAAUUAAUGGUUUACUCUUUAAAAUUUAAAUUGCCAUCAACUUAUUUUUUAAAAACUUUUUUUGUAUUAUUUAUUUGAAAUAUUUCAAUUUAAAAAAGAAAUAUAUAUUUUCUCCUAAAGUAGAGAUAGGAGGAGAUGAGCGUCAUUAUCGAAGAAAAACAAACUGGUGAAGCUGAGCAGCAUCUCCAAAAAACAAAAGAAAACAAAAAAUGGCGCUGCAAACACCACAAUUCGUAACUUCCUUCACUACCAAAAUACAACACUCAUUCUCUCCAUUCCACACAACUAGAUUCAAAAACCCAUCUAAACCCUCCGAUCCAAUUCCCAAAAAAACCGGGUUCAUUUUUGCUACAUCGGAAAGGAAUAAAAGAAUAAAGAAACAGAACCGGCAAAGAGAAAGAGAAAUUAAAUUGAAGCGUCGUAAUAAUCAAGUUGAAAACCCCGGUUUGGUUUCUGAACAGGAACCACCGGUUCAAGUUCAACAGAGUGCAAAUGAAAAUGGUUCUGUUACGCAGAGAGAAAGAGCUUCUACUAUAAUUCGUCGUAAUCCGGUUGAAAAACCGGUUUUUGCUUCGGAAAAGGAACAACCGGCUCAACCGGGUCCAAAUGAAAAUAAUUUUGUUCUUGCUUGGCUUGGUUUUGCUUCGGUUAUUCUUGUUGAGGGCAUUGCUCUUGCAGCUUCAGGCUUCUUUCCAGAAGACGUGGACAAGUUCCUUGUCAAGUAUCUCUAUCCAUCCUAUACUCCUACAGUUUUAUUGUUCUUUGCUGGAGCAGUAGCAUAUGGAGUGGUUAAGUAUAAGCAGAAUGAGAACGAGAAAUAGUGUGUUUGAUGUAAUAAUGUUAGAAACCUCUAAUGUCCUAACAGGGCAAAAGUACUACUGAGUGCCGAUGAUUGCAAUCUUAUUCUAUUUUCAGUUCAUCGUAAUCGAUAACGAAGGUAACAAGAAUGAUGUGUGAGAACUGAGAACAAUGUAAGAUCCAGCUUGAACAAUUUCUGUUAGAUCCUAAGCAACAAGUAGUUGAGGUUUUUGAAAGGGAUUUAAUCCCAUUUGUAAUUAUUUUGAUCAUGUACUUUUUAGCUAUGAAACUUCUUUUUAUUA